AUGGAGAGGAGAGGCAUCAACGAUCAAAGCUUCUCGAACGUCAGUCACGAAAGCCUAGCUAGUGAACGGAUUUCGUCUGGCCGACCUUCCAAUUUCGCAGUUUACCUCCUACCCAGUUACUCAAAGAGCUCGGAAGCACGCAAUGGAGGCGACAACUCUUCACCCAAGAACGAGGAUUUCAAGGCACUGCCAAUAGUACAACAUCAGGAAAGUAGUUAUUAUUCGAACGACAACAAGAUGGGUAUUGACUUGAAAGCCGGCGGUCGCCGCAUCGGCCACUCCUCUUCCAUGAGAGUGGUCAAGACCGCAAAUCCCUACAACCGUCUCUUGAUCAAACUCUACAAGUUCUUGGCUCGUCGAACAGACUCCAAGUUCUGUGCCACCGUACUCAAGAGGUUGCACAUGUCCAAGGUCAACCAACCACCCAUUGGACUCGCCAGACUGGCCAAAUACAUGACCAACAAGGACGGAAAAACUGCCGUCAUUGUCGCAAAGGUCACCGAUGAUGUCCGCAUGAUGGAAUGCCCCAAAAUGAGCGUCUGCGCUCUGGGAUUCACCGAAAGUGCCCGCAAACGAAUCGUCGCUGCAGGAGGAGAAUGCCUCACAUUCGAUCAGUUGGCUUUGCGCAGUCCAAAGGGAGCCGGCACUGUCCUUUUGCGUGGACCCAAGAAUCGUGAAUCUCUUGCCCACUUUGGACACUCCACCUCGGUCAGCAACCCGCACACCCACGAUGGUGUCAAGCCCUACGUCCGAUCCAAUGGACGCAAAUUCGAACGUGCUCGUGGUCGUCGUAAGACUUGUGGUUUCAAGGUCUAA